GUUACUUCCCGCUAUGCUCAUCGUGACAUUCCAAUCUAAUAAGAAAAAGAAAAAAAGUGCGAACGAGGACGCGAACAGGCGCGAGUUUCAAUUUUAAAUAAGAACCAAACAGACCUCGGUCGGUCACGAGAAGACAGUCCAAUAAAAUUUGGGCCAUGACCAGAAAUUUAAAAUAUUAUUAACAAUAAAUUAUUACUUGUGAUAAGAUCAUUUUCAUAUUUUUUAUUUCAAUUAUUAUUUUUCAAAUGAAAAUGGCGCAGAGGCAUGGCUAGAAAAAUGCAGCGGCGGAGAUGGAGGAAAGCAGUGUUCAAGCGCAGUGAAUGCGAGUGAUUUAGGACAGCAGUGGGUUCAGUGUAGAAGUGGGAAGUGGUAAUGUGGAAGCUGAAGAUCGGAGGGGAAGGAGGGAGUGGGAAUGAUCCAUGGCUUCGAACUGUCAACAAUCACGUCGGACGACAGAUCUGGGAGUUCGAUCCGCGCUCGGGAACUAUAGAAGAGCUGGCGCAGAUCGAGAAGGCUCGCGAGGAUUUCUCCCUUCAUCGCUUCGACAAGAAGCACAGCGCGGAUUUGCUCAUGCGGUAUCAGCUCACCAAGGAAAACCCAUGUGCUGUGGACUUAAAACAAGUCAAAGUUAGAGAUAUAGAAGAUGUGACAGAGGAGGCAGUAACAACUACCCUACGAAGAGCUAUCAGUUUCUAUUCCACCAUCCAGGCACAUGAUGGCCAUUGGCCAGGUGAUUAUGGGGGUCCUAUGUUUCUACUUCCAGGUUUGGUCAUCACUCUAUCUAUUACUGGAGCUCUAAAUUCUGUGCUAUCAAGAGAACAUAAACAUGAGAUGUGCAGAUAUAUUUACAAUCACCAGAAUGAAGAUGGAGGUUGGGGUCUUCAUAUUGAAGGUCCAAGCACCAUGUUUGGUACAGCCCUAAAUUAUGUUACCCUUAGGUUGCUUGAUGAGAAGCCUGAGGAUGGACAAGGGGCAAUUGAAAAAGGGCGUGUAUGGAUCUUAGACCAUGGUGGUGCAACUGCAAUAACUUCAUGGGGCAAAAUGUGGCUUACAGUACUUGGAGUUUUUGAGUGGUCUGGGAAUAAUCCACUGCCCCCAGAAGUAUGGCUGUGUCCUUACCUUUUUCCAUGUCAUCCAGGAAGGAUGUGGUGUCACUGCCGGAUGGUUUAUUUGCCCAUGUCAUAUUUAUAUGCGAAGAGGUUUGUUGGUCCAAUUACUCCGAUAAUUCUUUCUUUGAGAAAGGAGCUUUAUACAGUCCCGUAUCAUGAAAUAAAUUGGAAUCUAGCUCGCAACCAAUGUGCAAAGGAAGAUCUGUACUACCCACACCCGCUGGUUCAGGAUGUUCUCUGGGCAUUUCUUCAUAAGAUACUUGAGCCUGUUCUAAUGUACUGGCCUGGAAAAAGAUUGAGAGAGAAGGCUAUGCUCACUGUUAUGCAGCAUAUACACUAUGAAGAUGAGAACACUCGAUAUUUAUGCAUAGGACCUGUGAACAAGGUGCUAAAUAUGCUUUGUUGUUGGGUGGAGGAGCCAAACUCAGAGGCAUUCAAAUUGCACCUCCCUAGAAUAUUUGAUUAUUUGUGGAUUGCUGAAGAUGGCAUGAAAAUGCAGGGCUAUAAUGGAAGUCAAUUAUGGGACACUGCUUUUGCUGUUCAAGCAAUUGUUUCAACUAACCUUGGAGAUGAAUACGGUCCAACGUUAAGGAAGGCACAUGAAUACAUAAAAAAUUCCCAGGUCUUGGAAGACUGUCCCGGAGACCUAAAUUUAUGGUAUCGUCACAUUUCUAAAGGCGCUUGGCCAUUCUCCACGGCAGAUCAUGGAUGGCCCAUCUCUGACUGCUCAGCAGAAGGAUUGAAGGCUAUUCUACUGUUGUCUAAAUUUUCAUCAGACAAUGUCGGCGAACCAUUAGAGACGAAGGGGUUGUAUGAUGCUGUAAAUGUUCUCCUUUCUUUGCAGAAUGAUGAUGGUGGCUUUGCAAGCUACGAAUUAACAAGAUCCUAUCGGUGGUUAGAGUUAAUCAACCCUGCUGAAACUUUUGGUGAUAUCGUCAUUGAUUACCCGUAUGUAGAGUGUACAUCAGCAGCCAUUCAAGCACUGACAUCAUUUAAAAAGUUACAUCCCCAGCACAGGGGGGAAGAAAUAGAAAACUGUAUUGCUAAAGCAGCUGAGUUCAUUAAAAGGAUACAGGCCCCAGAUGGAUCUUGGUAUGGUUCCUGGGGAGUUUGCUUCACCUAUGCAGGAUGGUUUGGAAUAAUGGGGUUGGCAGCUGCUGGAUACACAUACAAAAAUUGCUGUAGCAUUCGUAAAGCUUGUGAUUAUCUGUUGUCCAAUGAACUUCCUUCAGGUGGUUGGGGAGAGAGUUACCUAUCAUGUCGGAACAAGGUCUACACAAAUCUGAAGGGUAAUAAGGCACAUGUUGUCAAUACUGGAUGGGCUAUGUUGGCUCUCAUUGAAGCUGGCCAGGCUGAGAGGGAUCCAACACCAUUGCAUCGUGCUGCAAGGUUAUUAAUUAAUUCACAAUUGGAGAAUGGAGAUUUUCCUCAGGAGGAGAUCAUGGGAGUCUUCAACAAGAACUGCAUGAUCAGUUACUCUGCAUAUCGAAAUAUUUUCCCAAUAUGGGCCCUUGGAGAGUAUCGUUGUCGAGUAUUGGAAGCCUUCUGAAAAAUAUAUGUAUUACUAAAUAUUACUCUCAACACCUAUCCCUGUAUCCUCUAUUUUACCUAUUUGACUUGCAUUGCAUAUUUUGAUGGUGGGGUUUUUGGCAUGUAUCUUAGGCUGAGGAAUAAUUUAGGGAAUUUUUUCUUCCUCGUAAUGUAUUUUGUAAUUUGAGUAACUUGGGGAUUUCUCUUAAUUUUCUUACGUGCCAUCUUUGGGGGGAAAAACAUUACUAGACUUCAUCAUGGGUUUGGGAUUCGGACUAGACUGUUUGAGAAUUGAAAACCCUAAUAUUUGUUUUAUUUAUUUAUUUAUCUAUUUGUUUAUUGCUUUU